AUGAUUCCCUUUAAAGACCUGAAGACUCCAGGUAUGAGGCCCUGGGAGAGAUUCGUCACAACAUACAGUAGUGACUACAACCCCUUCAGUGAGCGCCUCCUACAGGACAACCAGCUGAACUUCAGAACUGAAGCCAAACCUGCUCUUGCAUUUAUCAACCCACCACAGACCAAACGUGAAACCUGGCCUGUAUUUUAUCGAUACAUCUACAAGACGACCAACAACACCUACGGCUCCUUUUCACAGCCUCCCACUUGUUCCCUCAACCUCGCAUCCUCCCCUCCAUUCGGCAUUGUCUCUCCUGUGUCUGAAGUGACUGGAGAUGUCGGCUGCGGCCUGAGGGAGGCCAGGAGGGAGACUGGGCCUUUACUUGUGGAGAAGGGAAAAGGCCAUCUGCACUGUGUUUUUGGUGGAAAUGCAAAUGUGUUGGAGCAGCGGGAGGCAACAGACGAGUCACAGCAGAAGAAGGUUGACAUUCUCUACGAGGAAGGUGUGAUCGUGUUGUCGUCUCAUGUGAUUCCGGCCUGCUGUGAGGACUUCCUCGGUUGUGUGAGAGAUUCCAGACUGCAGCAGCUGCUUAACCAUCCUGUACCCUCCUCUCCCUUUGUCAAAGUUGAAAAUUGGGAGACGGGCAUGAGACAAGCAGUCGGACAGAUAGAGAACAGCUUCCUUCAGCCUACCUGCGGGCAGUGCACUUGCUACACGUGGAAAACUGAAGGUGCUGAUAGGUGCUGCUUUGAGAUGCAAACCGAGCCUCCUCACAUCCCUCAGAGCAGCACUCUACUAGUACAGCCUACUUUUAACCGCUCAGAGACGAGCAGGAGGACGCCCCUGCUGACGGAGUACCAAGCCAGCUACAGUGCUGGGUGGGCUCAACCUCCGAUCCAGCAGAGUGACUUUCACCAUCGUCAGAAUCCUCAACAAUGCAGAUUUCAUCCUUCACUCUGAAUCUGAACUUUUGUGUCAAUAAAAAGCUGAUUAAAAAA